UAUUGUUGUCGUCUCACAGAUUCCCUAGGGGUCUCCGGCUGCGCCAUCCAUAAACACUGAACUUUCCACGUUCAUGGCCACUAUUGCCGAGCGGAUGUCCCUACUCAUGGUGCAGGAAUAUAUCAAACGCAUUUGUAGAUAUUCUCUCGAUGACACCAGAAGCGUCAGCGCUGCAUGUUGGGGCAGCAGAUGGCGUAUCAACCAAGAGAUAAAUGUAGGUGCGAGUACGUGCCAGCUGGUCUGCGAACCAUGCGUCCAUUAUGCAUUUGCAAUUGAAGGAAAGCGUCAACGCGUGUUGCAGGGUUGGGUGAUUCCCAACAGCAAACAUACUUGCUGGACACCUCGGCUUCCUGAACAGGUGUUGCUGUUGUAUCUCCACUUCUUCGAUAUAUGCCCGCGGAAGACGUGGAAAGCUCGUGACCCUAAGGUAAGUACGGAAUAGUGCACGUAGUAUUCGUAUGAACACGCGAUGACGAAGAC